CCCCUCCGUCAGGCUUGCGGUUUGGGAAGAAAAGGCGAUGCCUCCGCCAAGAAAAGAGCGAGCGCGGCCCCCUCCCCCUCCGCCGAGCCCGGGCGGCGGCGGCGGCGGCACAUCUAACGCGCGGGCACCCGGGCCGCCGCGGCCCCCGCAAACUACGCCCAGGCUCGGCCCCCGCCGCUCAUUGGCGCGGGCCGGAGCCAGCGCACCCAGACCCUGCGCUGCCCUCGGCCGGCCGCGCGCGGAGUCCCAGCUGCCCAGGCCGACGGCGCCCGGCCCCGAGAGCCUCGACGCCGAGCCGCCCGCGCCUCCUCGGCCGGGCCCAACGCGGGGAGCGGGGCGAGCGAGCAGGCGCGGCUGGCGCGCCGCGGCCCGGGCGCCCCCGGCCUGGCGCCCUCGCCACCGCGCCGCCUCAACGCCUCCUGCUCUCCGCAGGUGGCCGCGGGCCCGAGCGGUGCGGCCAUGGGCCGAGGGGUGCGCGUGCUUCUGCUGCUGGGCCUUCUGCACUGGGCCGGGGGCGGCGAGGGCAGGAAGACCUGGCGGCGCCGAGGUCAGCAGCCACCCCCGCCGCCGCCCCCGCCGCGGGCCGAGGUGGCCCCGGCAGCCGGGCAACCGGUGGAGAGCUUCCCUCUGGACUUCACGGCCGUGGAGGGCAACAUGGACAGCUUCAUGGCACAGGUCAAGAGCCUGGCGCAGUCCCUGUACCCCUGCUCGGCGCAGCAGCUCAACGAAGACCUGCGCCUGCACCUCCUGCUCAACACGUCGGUGACCUGCAACGAUGGCAGCCCGGCCGGCUACUACCUGAAGGAAUCCAAGGGCAGCCGGCGAUGGCUACUCUUUCUGGAAGGAGGCUGGUACUGCUUCAACCGGGAGAACUGCGACUCCCGAUAUGACACCAUGCGGCGCCUCAUGAGCUCCAAGGACUGGCCCCGGACUCGCACAGGCACAGGGAUCCUGUCCUCCCAGCCAGAGGAGAACCCCCACUGGUGGAACGCCAACAUGGUCUUCAUCCCCUACUGCUCCAGCGAUGUGUGGAGUGGGGCUUCAUCCAAGUCUGAGAAGAACCCUCCAGAUACCCAGCUAUACCUGACCUCCUUCCAACCUGGGGAUGGGAGGACUGGCUGUCCAGGCCACCACUUGAAGCCAGCUCUCCUUCUCUGUGCAGAUGAUGCGGGGGGCACGGGGGUGCUGCUGAACGUGGACCGCGUGGCCGAGCAGCUGGAGGAGCUGGGCUAUCCAGCCAUCCAGGUGCGGGGCCUGGCUGACUCCGGCUGGUUCCUGGACAACAAGCAGUACCGCCGCACAGACUGCAUCGACACCAUCACCUGCGCGCCCACAGAGGCCAUCCGCCGGGGCAUCAGGUACUGGAACGGGGUGGUCCCGGAGCGCUGUCGGCGCCAGUUCAAGGAGGGCGAGGAAUGGAACUGCUUCUUUGGCUACAAAGUCUACCCAACUCUGCGCUGCCCGGUGUUCGUGGUGCAGUGGCUGUUUGACGAGGCCCAGCUGACUGUGGACAAUGUGCACCUCACGGGGCAGCCGGUGCAGGAGGGCCAAUGGCUGUACAUCCAGAACCUGGGCCGUGAGCUGCGGAACACACUCAAGGAUGUGCCGGCCAGCUUUGCCCCCGCCUGCCUCUCUCACGAGAUCAUCAUCCGAAGCCACUGGACAGACGUCCAGGUGAAGGGGACCUCGCUGCCCCGAGCGCUGCACUGCUGGGACCGAAGCCUCCACGACAGCCACAAGGCCAACAAAGCCCCCCUGAAGGGCUGCCCCAUCCACCUGGUGGACAGCUGCCCCUGGCCCCACUGCAACCCCUCAUGCCCCACCAUCCGGGACCAGUUCACGGGGCAGGAGAUGAAUGUGGCCCAGUUCCUGAUGCACAUGGGCUUCGACGUGCAGACGGUAGCACAGCAGCAGGGCCUGGAGCCCAGUAAACUGCUGGGGAUGCUGAGCAGUGGAAGCUAGGGCCCUUCACCCUGGCCAUCUCCCCUCCAGGCCCUCCUGCCCUCCUAGGACCGCAGGGCCCCUGCCAUCCCCACCCUGGGUCUGGAUACCCUCCCUUGGCAACCUUCACUGUCUCUCUCCUACUGCCUCUGAGGGGCCCCAGCCAGAGAUGGUGGACCUGCCAUCAGCCUGGCUGUGGUCCUUGGCCCCCUCCUGCCCCUCCCUCCUGACACCCCCCCCAUCCCCAUCGCCUCAUUCCUAACCGCCCCAUACUCCCUCCACCUCCAACCCACGGUAGGGAGCCAGAAGCACUGGAUUCCUCAGCCUCCAGCCCAGAAGGCAUACUCCCCCAGCCCAGUCCCCCAGCCUCUCCUGCCCUUUUGUAUUAUUUUAUAAAGUGACUUUUUUAUUAAUUUUUUAAAAAAAGAAAAAUAAGCAAGAAAUAUAUAGUGAAUGAUAUUGUUUUGUAACAUAUUUUUUUUAAAUAAUGAAGAAAAGAUAACAAAAGA